CUUCAAUUCCGUGCCAAAUAAAACUAACUCAUCCGAGUUAGAAACGAAGGGACUACUUACAUUUAGUUGUCCAUACUUCACUCAAAAAAGAUAGCAGUUUCUCCAACUUUUCAGGCGUUUCAACUUUCAAUGGAAGGAGCUCAUGAAAAGCUGCUGCACCUCACUUUGGUUCGACUAAUUCGUAUUUGCAUCGCGCUAAGAUUCACUAAAGAGAAACAAUUCCCUAGCCAAGAUUCGCUGUUCCAUCACAUCCUGCUGGUUGAAGAAGCAGAAGGAACAGAUACAUCUGAAAAUGCAAAAACCAGCAGACUUCAAUCAAGUAAAUUCAUAUUGUGGCUGCAAAUAUUUAUCUUCACAUUCUUCGCUCUAGCUGGCCAAGCAGUUGGAACUCUCCUGGGCAGAGUAUACUAUGAGCAGGGUGGCCAAAGCAGAUGGAUUGCUACAUUGGUACAAACUGCUGGCUUCCCUAUUCUUCUACCUAUCAUUUGCUAUCCUUCAGCCACAAAUCACAAUGAACGACAACUUAGCAUUCACCAGCCUUCUAUAUUUGUUCGUGCUUCAGUUUAUAUAUUCCUCGGUUUAUUUCAAGUAGCAAACUCUAUGUUAUAUACAGUUGGGGUACAGUACCUUCCAGCCUCUACAUAUUCUCUAAUUUCCGGUUCUCAAUUGGCGUUUAACGCACUCACCUCGUUCCUCCUCAACGGGCAAAAAAUCACGCCACUUAUAUUGAACUCUGUCGUGCUUCUCUCCUUUUCAUCCUCGGUCAUUAUGUUCCAAAACGAGUCGAGUGACAGCGGAGAAGUAUCUCAGGCAUCCCUCUUAAUAGGUUUUGCAGCUACCACUAUGGGGUCUCUUGGUUACGCGUUGCAGUUCUCUCUAACAGAACUCGCGUUUCAAAAAGUUUUCAAGAGUGGCUCGUUAAAAGUCGUCAUGAAAAUGUCGUUUUUUAUUGGUCUUUUCGUGACACUCACUUCCACAGCAGGGCUUUUUGCCAGUGGCAAUUGGAAGGAUUUGGGGAAGGAAAUGGGAGAGUACAGAUCAGGGAAAUUGGCAUAUGUUAUGAACUUGGUUUUUACGGCCAUUUCGUGGCAGAUGUAUGCUGUUGGUUCAAUUGGAUUGGUUUUCAAGGCGUCGUCCUUGUUCUCUAAUGUGAUCAUCAAUUUAGGAUCUUCAGUUGUGCCAAUUUUCGCGAUGGUGUUCUUGAAAGAUAAGAUGAGUGGACUGAAGGUGUUUUCGCUGUUAUUAGGAUUAUGGGGAUAUGCAUCAUAUAUCUAUCAACACUAUCUUGAUGAUUUAGAGGCAAAAGCAGGAGCUGAAACUAAAGAAUCAUCAGUUGAGGAUGAUGAUUUUGAGGCCUCCCUCAUUCAAGGAACUUAACCUCUGCGUCUAGUUUAUUAUUUAGAAUGAUAGUUUCCUAUAUAUGUUAGUUCAAUGUGUGUAAUGUUAUUAACUACUGCUGGAAUUAGUUGUUCGUAGAAAUUACUGUAUAUUGUGUAUUCUUACUGAUGAAUGGAAAUAUACAGCUCUAAGCUAUAAUAGAGAAGAUUUACUCACUGAUAA